AUGGCUAGUGGGAAGUUUUGGAAUGUCAUGACAGGGCUGAAGCCAGUCCUGGCAAUGGUGGUGGUUCAAGUGUCACUGGGAGGAAUUAAUAUUAUGUACAAGUUGGCUAAGAGUGACGGCAUGAGCAUGAAGGUUUUAAUCGCCUACAGAUAUAUAUUCGCUGCAGCUUUUACGGUUCCACUUGCUUUGAUAUUUGAUCGGAAGAGUAGGCAAAAAAUGACAUGGAUGAUCUUCUUGCAAGGUUCCUUAUGUGGUUUAUUUGGGGGGUCAUUAGGUCAAAACUUAUAUGCUGAGAGCUUGACUCUAACGUCCGCAACUUUUGCAGCAGCAAUGACUAACAUUAUUCCAGCCAUGGCAUUUGUCCUGGCAAUUGUCUUGAGGAUGGAAAGAUUAGCAAUUGGCACGGUUGCUGGAAAGGCUAAGGUGUUGGGCACUCUAUUAAGCAUAAGUGGUGCACUGGUUCUCACAUUUUACAAAGGAGUAGAGCUCAAUUUGUGGUCAACUAACAUCAACUUGCUGCAUCAUGGUGCAGCAACCUCACAGCAAUCAUCUAAUGAUCAAGUAUUGGGCUCAAUCUUAGCUGUUGUUGCUUGUAUGUGCUUUGCAGUUUGGUUGAUAAUCCAGGCCAAGAUUAGUAUGGUGUAUCCAAGCUACUCUGGAACUGCUCUUACUUGUGUCUGUGCAGCGAUUCAGUCAGUUGUAUAUGCCAUGUGUGCUGAGAAGGAAUGGUCAGCAUGGAAACUUGGUUGGAACAUAAGACUUCUCACUGUUGUUUACACGGGAGUGUGGGCCACUGGAUUGAUGGUUGCAAUAAUGAGCUGGGCUGCAAGGCUGAGGGGGCCAUUGUUUGUAUCUUCUUUCUAUCCCUUAAUGCUUGUAACUGUUGCAAUACUGGGGUCUCUCUUACUCGACGAGCAACUAUACUUGGGAAGCAUAAUAGCAGUAGUGUUGAUCGUAGUGGGCUUGUAUGGUGUUUUGUGGGGAAAAGGCAAGGAGAUGAAGCAGAACGCCCAAGUAGAUGGAGCAAAAAGCUCUACGGAGCCAGAAUUGAGAGGCAUUGUCAUAGAAACCUCAUCCAGUACUAAGGGUAAACCGACCGCAACAAGUACUAUUUGUCCCAUCCAAGCUACUGACCGAGGAUCUGGUGCGGUUUCUCCUGCUGCAGUGGUGCAUGAAUAGCAUCAAUAUAUCAUACUGAUAUCUUUUAUU